AUGACAGCAGAAGCGGUGCAAUCUCAGCUCACUGAGAAAGAAGGGUCCGGUGACAUGACUCACCUGGAGAUGGCGGAUGGUAUUAGGGUCGAGGUUCUCCAGGGAUCAAUGGUCCUGGACUUGGCCAAACGGACCGAUCCCCCGAAUCCGUUGAGUCGGUCGAUGUUAAGGCUAUAUGGUUUCCUGACUGUGGCAUAUUUGUGCUCAGCCUUGAACGGAUUCGAUGGCUCGCUCAUGGGCUCUCUCCUUCCUAUCCCCCAGUUUCGAGAAACCUUUGGGGCCGGCUUGGUUGGCUCUCAAGCUUCCCUUAUCCAGGGAAUGUACACGAUUGGUGGUGUCAGCGCGCUACUUUUUGUUGGUUUCCUGCUCGACAACCUAGGUCGACGUUUCGGCAUGUUCAUCGGAUCCCUUUCGGUCAUUCUCGGUACGAUUCUGGGUGGUACCGCCUAUCACAUCGAUCAACUCCUUGCCAGCCGGUUCUUCCUUGGCUUUGGAUACUCUAUCGCUGCUUCGGCUGCGCCCGCCUAUGUGGUCGAGAUGAGCCACCCCGCCUACCGUGACAUCCUGACUGGUUUAUACAACUGCCAAUAUUAUGUUGGUGCAAUUGCCGCUGCAGGGGCCUGCAGAGGAUGUUUGGUAUAUCCAGACUCACGCGCAUGGCGUAUUCCUAUUUGGUGCCAGCUGAUUUCGUCCUGCUUUGUUGUAGUGUUUGUUUGGUUUAUUCCUGAAUCCCCCCGGUGGCUUUAUAGCCAUGGCCACAGCGAGAAGGCUUGGGACAUCAUCACCAAAUACCACGGCGAAGGUAAUCGCCAAAAUGCCUAUGUCACUCUCCAAAUCCGUGAAUAUCAGGAGGCAAUCAAUUUAGAAGGAUCAGAUAAACGGGUGUGGGACUUCCGAGAGCUCGUCAACACCAAGGCUGCGAGAUGGCGUCUUGUGUGCGUUGGUAUUGCAUCUUUCCUUAGUCAGUGGUCGCAGGGAGGCAUUACCACUUACUAUAUGGGUGGACUUUUGGAAAGUGCUGGUGUGACUGAUACGACUCGAAUCCUGGACGUCAAUCUCGGCUACACUGUCCUUUCUGCUGGAGGGGCCUAUAUUGGCGGCAUUUUCACCCCCAAAUUGCGACGACGGCCUAUGUUAAUGGGAUCGUCUAUUUCUUCGGCCCUCUUCUUCGCUGGGUUGUCAGCUGCCACGGGUAUUUACUCAAAGUCGCAACAACCGGCAGCCGCUACAGCUUCAAUUGUGAUCAUCUUUCUCACUGGAUUUACUUAUAGCUUUGGUUGGACGCCAUUGCAAGCCAUGUAUCCUGUCGAGUGCCUGGCAUAUGAGACUCGCGCCAAGGGCAUGGCUGUUUACUCCGUCUUCACUAACAUCGCUUUGCUCGUGAACCAGUUCGGUAUCGGGAAUGCCAUGGCGGCCAUCUCAUGGCAUACUUAUAUCAUCCUGGCUGGCUGGAAUAUUUUUCAAUGCGUUUUCAUCUACUUCUUCGCAGUUGAAACAUGCAAGCGGACUCUCGAGGAACUCUCGGAUAUUUUCGCUGCCCCUAACCCGAGAAAGAAGAGCACCCAGCCACACCAGGUCAUCGUUUCUACGGAGACUGAUGAGGUGCUGCAACUCAAAGAAGCUUAA